GCAGACACCAACAUUUCUGUCAGGAUUGCCAAUUUUGGCGCUCCAAGCCACAGAACCCAAAGAUGGCUGACCUUCCACCAUGCAGGCUACGUCUGUUCAAGCCACCAUUCUUCUCCACUGGCGUAGACUGCUUCGGGCCCUUUCAGGUGAAGAUAGGUCGACGUCAAGAAAAGAGAUGGGGGAUCUUAUAUAAGUGCUUGACAACCAGAUGUUUACAUCUUGAUCUCCUUGAACACCUAGACACAGACGCUUUUCUCCUGUCAUUACGACGCUUUAUAGCCCGCAGAGGGAAGCCCUUUGAGAUAUUAUGUGACAACGGCACCAACUUCACUGGAGGUGAUCAUGAGUUAAGAGAAUCCUUUAGUCAAAUGACACCUGAACUUCAGACACAACUGGCUAAACAGCAGAUCCAGUUUCGCCAUAUCCCACCUAGCGCCCCUCACUUUGGCGGUACAUGGGAGCGAGAGGUGAAGUCAGUUAAGACUGCUUUACGAGUCAUUUUACGGGAACAAUCCGUGCCUGAAUCUGUGCUGCAAACAUUACUAGUGGAAGUAGAGGGCAUACUCAAUUCCAAGCCACUUGGCUAUGUUUCGUCGGACAUUGCAGACCCAGACCCUGUGACCCCGAACAUGUUACUCAUGGGACGCCGUGAUGCCUCCUUACCACAAGUCCUUUAUGACUCCAACGAGCUCUUGGGCAAACGCAGGUGGCGACAUAGCCAGGUAUUGGCUGAUCAGUUCUGGACUGCUUUCAUACGCAGCUAUCUACCAGAACUACAGGGUAGACAGAAAUGGACAUCGGAUGGCAAAGGGUUGGCAGUAGGACAAGUGGUGCUCCUAAUUGACCAUCAACUCCCACGAGCACUAUGGCCUGUGGGUACCGUGACAGAGACCUAUGCAGGAGCAGACAAGAGGAUUCGGACAGCUAAAGUCAAAGUCAAGGACAAAACAUAUCUGCGUCCUGUUGUGAAACUGAUUCCACUUCCUCCAAAGAGGGAUGGGGAUAAAGACACUUUGGAUGGCCUUUCUUAAGGGCUACAAUUAGCCUGCGGGUAAUUGGGGGCGGCAAUGUCAGAAAGACCAUAGGAACGGAAAUUAAGAAACCGUUUCUGACGGACUGAUAUUGUAGUUGUUACUUCCAGUAGACUGAUGCAAUAGCCAGCUCCAGACGUGCGAUCUCCUUUAUUGUUCAAUGUUGUGCGUUCAUGCAAACAAAUGUGAGUAAUCAUGUAAAUAUUUAAUUAACACUUUGUAGUUAUAAUUGUGAAUGUCUGGCGAUCUGUGGAAUGUUUUAGAGAUGUGUAAUGACGAUCGCGAUUUGACCGCAAAUAGGCGCUAAUUUCCAUAAGACGCGUUAGUCUGAUCACAUUGAACACACCUGUUGUUGUAUUUCAUGCUGCGUCAUGCCUGUAUUGGAGUUUACAUAUAUAAUAUUAAUAUAUUAUCUGAUAGUUAAAUAUUCGUUUGUGAUGAGUGAAUUAAUCAGUUAUUGAUAUUUUGUGAGUUAAUUUGCAGUGAAUAUAUACAGAUGUUGUAUUCAUAUUGUAUUCUCUUGAUCUGUUUAACAGACCACACACAACGCAAUAACCUAUGUCAAAUACUGCCAUUUGAUCCAUCACAUCUUCAGAUGAUGUUGUAAGGGAUAUCACUGCUUACCUGAAAGUACUAUUAAAGAAAAGCUUGAAAGGAUUCACAUCGACCAUGCCUGAUUCUCUAACCGGAAUCAAUGUACAUAUUUGUCCGCCAGUAGAACUGAGAAUUUAACAAGGUUGACAGAGGUGGUAAUCUGCAACAACUUCCAUGCUCUAUGUCUUUGUUGAACUAUCCAAAAUUUGAUUUUGGGCUGUUUAGAAUUUAUUGUUCACAAAUCUGUCUUGUGCAAGUUUCUCUCUGUCUGUGUUUUAGGUUGAAGAUGGCCCAGAGAGGUUAGCCUUACAGUUGCUGAUCUAGAAGCAUUAGGCAAGAGUGUCUGAGAACUAUGAGAGAACUCCCAUUAAUGGGAAUCAAAAGGAAACCCUGAAAUCAUGUUUUAAGGAUGGAAUGACACGAGUUGGUUCAGAAUUAAUACCAAGAGCUGCAUCAGCUACUGGUUUGGACACCAGUGUCGUAGAAAUAAGAACUGGAUAGGUAAUUACAAAAGAUCACAAAUGACUAAUGCUUCGUCUGAGCCCCGGUCAUCAAAGGCCAAAGUUCACAUUAGAGAGCUGUCGGAUUACAAUCUUUUUUAUAGGGACAUAUUCAAAAACAAAGGCACAAUGAAUGAUAUUAAGGGCAGGUGCGCCACAUUGGGGGAAGAUGCAAAGCAGAAAUAAAUUCAAGAGGCAGCAGCACUGAGGGCACAUGGGCAGGCGCAGGACCUAAACCCUGAGAUGGAGGCAAUUUGUGCUGUGUCUGCCGCGUCCAUUUUGAUGAUAAGAAGAAGAAUGCAAGAAAGAAGUGGCAUUCAUGGUCUCAGUGCACAGUGUGCCAAUCAUGGUCACACACAGCAUGUGGCUUUAAAAAGAACAUGUGCCUUCACUGCAAAUGUGAAGACACCAUGCUAACACCCUGAAGAUGUAUCUUGUUCCUUGUUUGGGUUGUUUUUACUGUGUUGACGGCCCCCAACCCAUCCAUACAAACACACACACACAAUACAUACAUAUGCUGCAAAUUUAUUGUAAUGACCACACUUCACACGUAUUAUUGUUGUUUGUUGGCACCAUCAAUGUGUUCUCCUUUAUACAGGACUUAUGUGGGGACCAAUAAAGUUAUAUUGUACUGAA